AUGCCGGCCUACAACUCCAUCUUCAACAACGACCCCAAUCCUCCCCGCCUGAUUGGCAACUUCCCCAUCCUCCCACUGCGCACCAAGACUCGCGGACCGGCCUACACUCUCCCCAUUCCGUCACCUCCGCUGCCAGCCAACGAGUCGCCUGACCCUGACAGCGAGAGCUACGACAUCCUCGACGAGAUCAUCUCCCUCUUCCGCGCCAACACCUUCUUCCGAAACUUUGAGAUCCAGGGUCCGGCUGACCGCUUGCUCGUCUAUGGAAUCUGGUUCUUGAGCGAUUGCCUGCAAAAGAUCAAGCCAAAUGCCACAGUGAGGGACGCACAGAAGGAUGUCAUGAACUUGGCGUUGGAUUUGAACUUUGCCAUUCCUGGGGACCCAGGCUUCCCCUUGAAUCAGAUGUACGAACCCCCUCGCGAUAGACAGGACGCCGAACAACUCAGGCAAUACAUGUCUCAAGUACGACAGGAGUUGGCGACGAGAUUACUAGCACGAGUUUACGCGGACGAUGAGGCGAAGCCCAGCAAGUGGUGGUUGAGCUUCACAAAGAGAAAGUUUAUGGGCAAGGCACUGUAA